AUGCAUAUCGUCAAGCCGGAAUGGCUAAACCAUCCAGGAGAACUCAAAGACAUCGAAGUCUACAGCUGCCAUGUCUCGCCGGACGGAAGCCGCCUCGUUACGGCAGCUGGAGAUGGCCACGUACGCAUCUGGUCGACCGAAGCGAUAUAUAACGCAGCCGAUCCGAACUAUACCAAGCCGAAACAGCUCGCGGCGAUAAGUAACCACUCGGGCACUAUACAUGCGGUUCGAUUUUCCGGAAAUAACAAGUACCUGGCAUCUGGGGCCGACGACAAGAUCGUGUGUGUCUACGUGUUGGACCCGAAUCCGCCGGCUCAUGGAUCGACGUUUGGCACGAACGAGCCACCUCCCGUGGAAAACUGGCGCGUCCUACGGCGACUGAUCGGGCAUGACAACGAUGUUCAAGACUUGGGCUGGUCAUACGACUCUUCUAUUCUAGUGUCUGUAGGCUUGGACUCCAAGAUCGUAGUCUGGUCUGGGCAUACCUUCGAAAAGUUAAAGACGUUGUCACAGCACCAGAGCCAUGUCAAGGGUAUCACGUUCGACCCAGCAAACAAAUACUUCGCAACCGCAAGCGAUGAUCGCACGGUCAAGGUUUUCCGUUUCACCUCACCUCCGCCUAAUGCCACCGCUUACGACCAACUGAACAAUUUUGUGCUGGAAUCGAGUGUGUCCGCCCCCUUCGAAAAGUCCCCUCUGACCACCUACUUCCGAAGGUGUAGUUGGUCACCAGACGGAAACCACAUCGCUGCGCCAAAUGCUGUCAAUGGACCGGUGGGCGCAAUAGCAAUCAUCAACCGCGGUUCCUGGGCAUGCGACAUCAAUCUCAUAGGCCAUGAAGGGCCCACCGCAGUAUGCGCGUUUUCACCAAGAAUGUUCUACCAGCAGCCAGUGACGGCGGCCCAAAUCGCCGCGAACGGACUCCCAAAUGUGCAAUCUGUGACGGUCAUUGCUUGCGCUGGACAAGACAAGGCGCUCAGCAUCUGGAACACGAACUACGCCCGACCCUUUGUGAUAACGCAAGAACUUUGCGAAAAGGCAAUAUCCGAUUUGGCCUGGUCACCUGACGGCGAAAAAGUGUUCGUCACGAGCCUGGACGGCAAAAUUCUUGUAGCUAUGUUUGAGCCAGGGGAGCUCGGAUACCCCGCCCCGGUUCAGGAAAGCGAGAGGAUGCUGUCAAAAUUCGGCGCUGGCAGAAAGACGGGUGUCAUCGAAGGAACAGCCGCGCUGUUGCUCGAGGAGAGCAGCAAGGCCGACGAGCUGAAGGGUGUUGAGGGCAGGAUGGGAGAGCUCAUGGGAGAUGGAGCAACCAGCGCAGCAGCCACUACAAACGGAGUUAAUGGCGAAACGAGAACCAACGGCGUCAGCACUACCAACGGUCAAACAGCAGCUGUGCCUGAUGGUGAUCCGGCGCCUCAACAGCCAACGCAAGAUCCCCGGAUAGACAAGUUGAAGCAACGCGUGACAAUCACAAAGGAUGGAAAGAAGCGCAUUCAACCCCUGCUUGUCUCUGCAUCCUCCGGCCUGGCGGAGUCGUCCCUACCGCAAACGCAGCUGCUUUCCGCUUCCGCUCAGGGUGCUCGCAGUGACACACCCUACAAUAUUCUAGACCUCUCCAAGCCCUACGAUGGAUUUCCUAAGGGCGGCUUGGCCGGGCUGCUAGUAGGUAACAAGCGCAAGUUUGCUGAAAUCGAGGGCGAUGAGGAAAGGAGAAUAGAGAAACGACUUGCGGGAUCAAGCCGAGACGGCCAAGCUCCUAUUGUCAUGAACAGCGCAGAUGGAUUGAUACCUCCCAGUAUUGCCGUCCGGCCGAGCGCAGCGGAGCCGCCCGAGGUGCUGCGCCCUGCAAUCAUUAAUCCAGCAACAUCAGUGAGUCAGGUCAGGCUAGCCGUGCCGAUGGUCCGAAGCGUAAUACUUCGGACUGUAGACGGAAGUGAACCUCCACAGACCAGCACAGGAGACGUGGGUUCUGGCCCGCGAGCCGACGCUGCCCGCGAAGACAUUAUUGUGCUAGAAGCGCGUAACGCUGUCGGGCCAUCCCGAACCGGUCGGGCGCAGGACCGUGAUCCCGCGCGUAUAACGUGCACCAAGCGUGGCCAGACGCUGUGGCAGGAUUACUUACCUAAGGCUGUUCUUUCUCUCACAGGAAAUACCAACUUCUGGGCCGCCGCAUGCGAAGAUGGCUCGAUGUAUGUCUGGACGCCGGCUGGGAGGCGAUUGCUCAACGCGCUCGUUGUCGAAGCUCAGCCAGUCAUCAUCGAUUGCAGAGGGUGGUGGCUGCUGUGCAUCUCAGCCGUUGGCAUGUGCCAUGUAUGGAACUUGAGGACAGUCUCUUCGCCUCAUCCUGCAGUUUCCUUAGCCCCGGUUCUGGACGCGGCUGUCGCGUCGCAAGGCCCUCAUCUGACGCAAGCGCCGGGCGUGAUCUUUGCAAGACUGAAUACACAAGGCCGGAUCAUUGUGGCAAUGUCCAAUGGAGACGGAUAUGCUUACUCGCCUAGCAUGUUUGUAUGGCAGCGGCUAUCAGAGCCUUGGUGGGCGGUUGGUAGUCAGUACUGGAACACAACUGACUCCUCCGUUGGUAAUCUCCAGACUUCAGCCUCAGGGCAGGCCAAGCCUCCAGACGAGAACGAUAUGGUCUCGCCCGAGAACGUCUCUGCAGGCAUCAUACCCAUACUAGAGCGGAACACCACCAACCACACCUUACUCAGAGGCAGAGCCUUCUUCUUGCAGCGCCUCAUCAAGGCACUGCUAUCAGCUGAGGGCUUCGAGGGCUUCGAGUCCAGCGUGUCAAUUGCACACCUUGAGAAUCGUGUGGCAGCGGCAAUGACCCUGGGUGCCAGGGAAGAGUUCAGAGUUUACCUCUUGAUGUACGCGAAGCGACUGGGAGCGGAGAGCUUGAGAGGUAAAAUCGAGGAGCUGCUGAGAAAUCUGCUGGGCAACAUCUUCGAGGACGACGCAGAGCCGACCGCUGGAGCCGAAGACGGACUCGGCAGCCCGAAAGACGAGAUAUGCGGGUGGAACAGAGAAGAUCUGUUGAAGGACGUGGUUCUGAUUCUUGGCAAGCAUCGCGACUUGCAGCGCAUCACUGUGCCUUACGCUAGACUAGUCGGUAUAAUUAGUGGGCAACCGCAGGAUGAGGAAAUUGGGGAAAUGGAUAUGUAA